UAAUUUCCCUGCUAUACAUAUCUCUCCUCUCGUUCCCUCUUUCCAUGUGGACACAACGCCGCGCCACACCACCGCUUCGUCGUCGUUUUGAUCCAUCAGAGCAAACUGUAUAAAACGCUGAGCUAAAUUAAUUAGUUAGUUAACUGACGGUUACAUGGAGAAGAUAGCGGCGCAACUGACUCGCGGGAUCUCGCGGCAGUUAUCGACGGGGUCGUUGCGGCGGGAAUUGACACGUCAGGUGACGAGGCAGUCGUCGAUGGAUCCGCGGCGGAACAACAUGAGGUUCAGCUUCGGAAGGCAGUCGUCGAUGGAUCCGAUACGGCGGGGUCCGGUACCGGAAGAGUUGACGGUUCCGGAGAACCUCGACUCGACGAUGCAGUUGUUGUUUUUGGCGUGUAGAGGCGACACGAAAGGAGUCCAGGACUUGCUCGACGAUGGUCUCGAUGUGAAUAGUAUUGAUCUCGAUGGACGGACGGCGUUGCAUAUCGCUGCUUGUGAAGGACACGUGGAGGUCGUCAAGCUGUUGCUUCAGAGGAAGGCUAAUAUUGACGCUCGUGAUCGCUGGGGCAGCACGGCAACUGCUGAUGCCAAGUACUAUGGAAAUGUAGAAAUUUACAAUAUUUUGAAGGCCCGUGGAGCCACACUUCCGAAAUCCUGGAAGACACCAAUGACUGUAGCAAAUCCUCGAGAAAUUCCUGAGUAUGAGCUUAAUCCACAAGAGCUUCAGGUUCGGAAGUCAGAUGGUAUAAAGGGAUCAUAUCAAGUGGCUAAAUGGAAUGGUACUAAGGUUUCUCUAAAGAUACUUGAUAAAGAGAGCCAUUCUGACCCUGACACCAUAGAUGCCUUCAAGCAUGAGCUUACUAUACUAGAAAAGGUCCGGCAUCCUAAUGUGAUUCAAUUUGUCGGAGCAGUCACCCAAAAUUUACCCAUGAUGAUUGUUCUAGAGUAUCAUCCAAAAGGUGACUUAGGAAGCUACCUUCAAAAGAAAGGUCGUUUAUCUCCAUCAAAAGCUCUUAGAUUUUCUCUUGAUAUUGCUAGGGGCAUGAAUUAUCUUCAUGAAUGUAAACCAGAUCCAAUCAUUCAUGGUGAUUUAAAGCCAAAAAAUAUUUUAUUGGGUAAUGGAGGUCAUUUGAAGGUAACUGGAUUUGGAUUGGUAAAUUCAUCAAAAAUUUCAACUGAUAUAUCACUAGCCGAGCAGCGAGCGUUUCGUAGAGAGUCUGCAAAUUUUUAUGUGGCACCCGAGGUUUAUGAAGGUAAAACGUAUGACAGAAGUGCAGAUUCUUACUCUUUUGGAGUCAUUUUAUAUGAGAUGAUUGAGGGAGUGCAGCCUUUCCAUCCCAAAGCUCCUGAAGAGGUUGUAAAGCUUAUGUGUUGUCAAGGAAAGAGACCACCGUUCAAAGUCAAAGCACGAAGUUAUCCUCCAGACUUAAAAGAGUUGAUUAAUGAAUGUUGGAAUCACGAACCUUUAGUUCGGCCAACUUUUUCUGAGAUCAUAAUCCAGUUGGACAGGAUACUUUCUAAUUGCUCAAAACACGGUUGGUGGAAAGACACGUUCAAGUUUCCCUGGAAAUGAGAGAAGGCCUCUCUGUAAAGAGGAAAUUGUUUCAGUCAGGGGAGUCAUGGAGACCUUAUCUUCUACUGGGAUUACGCUGGUAACUAACAAUAAUGAGAGAAGAUUUUCGUGUUGCAAAUUGAAUCUGAGUUUCUUAAACACAGCACGAAAAAUAAACCGAUAACCAAUCUUCUUCCCUUGUUGUAAAAUGUUCUCUAAUGGAGCUGGAACAGUUCCAUUGUAUUACAUAAAUGUAAGAGAGUUUGAACUUUUAGAUCAUAAAUUGUAAGUUACACAGAUAAAGCGCAAGCACAACAAUGCUGUUCUUUU